ACAUAGAGAUUUAGCCGACAAGACAGACGCCAUUAAAGUCAGGCCUAUAGUUUAUCAUGGACCCCCGUACCAGUGCCCAGGAUGUGAUGCGAUGUGACCUGUGUGAGACUGCUGUGGUACAGAUGCACUGUGAUACAUGUCUUGUCAACCUGUGUACAGCUUGUGUAGGAAAACACAUGAUAUCUGAUCAAUCUAAAAAACACGAAAUUGUCCCAUUCACUCUUAGAAAAUCGACUCCCCUCUACCCUGGAUGUAAAACUCAUGUAAAAGAAAGAUGUGAAAUGUACUGUAAUCAAUGUGACAUACCUGUGUGUGUCACCUGUCUUACUUCAGAUCAUCAUCUAGGUCAUAAACUAUUAAAAGUUUUACAAGUUCUUAAUGAAAAAAAAGAUAAGAUUAUCAAAGAACAAACUGAACUAAAUGAGACAAUUUAUCCCACCUACCAGGACAUUGCCUCUGAUGUACAAAACAGAAUGAGUCAGUUAGAAAAGGAAUAUGGAGAUCUCUCAAUAGCCAUAACAAAACAUGGAGAGGACUGGCACAGAGAAAUUGACAAACUUGUCAAGAAACUUAAAGCUGAAGUUGAUGAGAUGAAAAACACACAGUUACAAACUCUACAGAAACAUCUGGAUGAAAUAAACAAGAAAAUGUCUGACAUCAAGGAUGAAAUCGAUUCAGUGGAUGUUGCUGUGGAUUCUAAUAACAUUUCAAUGCUAUUUAGUGUCACAUCUGAAAUAGACAGACACAAAAAUCUUCCAGUAAAAAUUGUGCCCUCCAUACCGAAAUUUACCCCAGGAAAAAUCCAAGGAGAACUCCGUAAAUUGUUUGGAGCUUUAUCAUCAAGUACUUUAACCUCAGAUAAACAUGGCUACAGUAUGAAGACACAGAAAUCACCAGACACUGGAUCCUCUCCUCCAGUCAAACAACUGCUUGAUGAACCAGAGACUGUCACCACCAUAGACACUGGGUAUGAUAACCUUUACAAUGUGGCCUGUCUGAGUGAUGAAGAAAUCUGGACAAGUGGAGAGGACAGCACCAUGAAACUCUACAGCAUCAAUCAGGGAUCACUACUCAAGUCAAUCAGAACCAAGUCAGGGUACAAACCAUCUGACAUAGCAGUGACAAAAAGUGGAGAUCUAGUUUAUACUGAAUACAUUGAUAGAACUGUGAACAUUGUGAAGAAUGAGAAGAUAGAGGAGGUGAUCAGACUACAGAACUGGAAACCUCUCAGUGUCUGUAGUACCUCCUCUGGUGACCUCCUGGUUAUCAUGGUCAGUGAUGAUGACAAACAAUCAAAAGUUGUCUGCUACUCUGACUCCACAGAGAAACAAACCAUUCAGUUUGAUGAUAAAGGUAAACCUCUCUAUUCAACUGGUCGUUAUAACAGAUACAUAACUGAGAACAGGAACCUGGAUAUCUGUGUGUCUGACAAAGGAGCUAGAGCAGUAGUGGUGGUCAAUCAGGUCGGGAAACUGAGAUUCAGGUACACUGGACAUACUCCUGCUCCAAAGAACAAACCAUUCAGUCCAAUAGGAAUCAUCACAGACAGUCAGAGUCACAUCCUUACAUCUGAUAAAAACAAUUACUGUGUCCACAUCAUAGACCAGGAUGGACAGUUCCUCCGUUACAUAGACUGUGGACUGAGUAAACCCUGGGGACUGUGUACAGAUAAAAAUGACAAUCUGUUUGUUGCUCAGUAUGGAAACGGACAAGUAAAGAAAAUCAAGUAUUUGCAAUUGAAACUAUAAUUAAAGAAAAAAGAAUAUUAUGAAAAUAGUUAAAGAUGUUUUUUUUUAAACCAUAACAAUGCAAUUUGUGCAUUUAAAUGACAAAUGAGAAGAUCUGUAUAUUUUUUUUUAUCAAUGAUCAACAUGAAUGAAAGGUGAAGUUAUUAUCAUACAUGUACAUUUGCGUCUGAGUAAAAUAGUUAGUCUAGUUACUCUGCAACAAUUCAAAAAAUAUACAUUUUUACUUGUCUUAUAUAUUUCUAUUUGUCACUAUCACCAGAGAUUUGUGAUUGAUCACACAUACUGUAAAUACAUGGUUAAUCCAGCGCAUCCCCUCUCACGUUGGCCCCUCUUGGUCUUUGAAUAAUGUGUGGUUAAUUAUCUUGAGUGAUUAACAAAGGGGAAUAAUUCUCUUAGAAUAAAA